AUGCAAGGCCCAUACUCCAACACAAUAUUGCUGAUUGCCAAGCACCUGAGAGAAGCCGUCAAACUGCGGAACCUGGGAGCCCUGGAGGAGUACGGGGUGUCAGUGUGGUCCCUGCUAUACGCCCUAUGGGGGCGACACGAAGAGCUCUCGGAUGAUUCGAACGACGCGAACAGUCACCACACGGUCAUGUGUCGACGCAACCUUUUCUCCGAGUGGCUGGAGAACACCCUCGUGGGCAGAGAUCUGCUGACCAAAAAGGUCAGCAGCCACACCUAUCUGGACCACAUGAUAGAUCUGCUCAGCUGCCAUCGCGUGAGCGAGGCUUGCGAUCUGGCCCUCAACUACGACGAUGCCCACCUGGCUCUGACACUCGCUCAGCUGGGAUCUGGUGCCGUCGUUCGCAUGCUUUUGGAGGAGCAACUGUUCGCCUGGCAGCAGAGUAAAUCGGAUAAAUACAUCCACCUGAACCGCCUCAAGAUGUUCAUGAUGGCCGCGGGUGUCAAUAUGAUGCAGUCCUCCCAGGGGGUCAUCAACCUGAUGGCGGACAACAGCUGGCUGACGGUGGUGGGCAUGGAGUUGUGGUACUUCAGGGAGCCCACGUCUUCCAUUACGGACGCCCUAAUCGAGUACGACAAGGCCUUCCAGUCCGAGGAGUGCUACGCAGAGCCGCCCAGCCCCACCUACAAGGGAGUACCCACCGCUGAAGAGAGAAAGAAACCUGUAUACGACUUGCGCUACCAUCUCCUGCAGCUGUAUUCGAAGCGAAUGCAUCCGCUGGAGGAGACACUGAAUCCCAUAACCCACACAGUCGAUCCCAUGGACUUUCGUUUAAGUUGGCUGCUGCUGCAGACCCUGUGGGCGCUCGGUUAUCGCCACUGCUCGCGCCUGACCGAAGCCCAGCUGACGGUGGACUUUGCCAGCCAGUUGGAGAACGAGGGCCUCUGGCAGUGGGGCAUCUUUGUGUUGCUGCACAUCGAGAGCCGUCACCGUCGAGAGAGAGCCGUGCAACAGAUGUUGCUGCGUAACGUGAGCGUAUUGGCCCAGGCGGCACACAACGACGAGGAGCGCUUCAUCGUAGAGCAGCUGGGUGUGCCCAAGUCCUGGGUGGACUAUGCCAAGGCUGUGCGCGCCGGUUCUUUGGGCAAGCGGCAUCUGCAGGCGAAGCAUCUGCUAAAGGCCAAGCACUGGGCGGAGGCACACGAGAUCAUCUUCGAGCACAUUGCGCCCGAUGCCUUAAUUAAUGGUCAAACGGAUUAUUUGCACCGUCUGCUCAUCCAGUUCGAGGACACCGAGGGCUGCAGCAGCGGCAUCCGAGUGCCGAACUGGGCCAAUCAGGGACAGAUAUUCCUGGACUUUAUCGACAUCAGUUCCAAGUUCAAACAGAUACGGAACGUGCAGAACAUUGAGGACAUCAAGGCGCGCUGGGAGAACCUGAAGCCGCAGCUGAGCGAACUCUGUUCGCGCAUCAGUCUGCUACCGUGUCCCACGGCCAAGCAUCGUCUGUGCCAGACGGAGAUCUCGCAGAGCCUCAACUGUCUGGUGCAAGGCAUGUGCAUUGUCAGCUCACAAAUGCAGUCUUCCGCCGUGCUGAAAGUGGCACUCGAACGGCUGCCAAUGCCACAGGAGUCCCUCUCGAAAGAGCUGCGCACGCUGCUGGACGAGCUGCUCGAAGAUCUGGAGCAUAAACACUAGGCCACGCGGAAAAGCACGAAAAUACAAUAUAAGAUCGAAAGUAAGUCUAUAUAUAAUUAACGUUGAUUAGAAUCUACCUAAAAAAACACAAAGCAAGAACUAGAGUAAGGUUUCGAGCUAAGGAAAGCGUUUCGUCAACAGAAAGAUCAGAUCACAAACACACAUCAGAGUUAUUAUGAAUGUCUAUGUUAUUUUGUUAAUUCGAUUAUAUUUCCAAUUUCCGAUCGUCUGACUACUUUUAGAAUAGACAUUUUUUGGUAAACAAUAAAAUUGAUUUGAUUGUUUGUACACACUAAAA